AUGGUGCUCACUCGCUCAAUGAAAUUGGCAAAAUCAGGAAAAGCUGAUGAAGAAUCGUCCAGAAUUAAUGCAGGCAAUGAAAGUCGGAAACUGCAAAAGAUUUCUGGUGAGUUUGAAGCAGUCGAUCGGAUUAGCGACUUGCCGGAAGCAAUCAUUUCCCACAUCUUCUUCAUCCCGAUUGAAAGUGUGGUGGCAACAAGCCUUUUGUCCAAGAGUUGGAGAUAUCGGUGGACUAAGUUAACCAGCUUCGAUUUUGAUGAUGAUGAUUCCAAGAGCUCAGAGAUUAAGGACUUUGUCAACUUCGUUUUUAUGGUCUUGUCGAGUCAGUGUCCUGAAAUCUCCAUCGACAGGUUCCGUCUUGCGCUGAAUAACUCCGAAUUUCGGCGCUUUUUUAUUUUCCUUAUGGGCCAACAUGAUGCGCUCUGCACUUGCCGGACUUUGGAGACUCUAAAACUGAACGGCCCUUUGCUUGUUCAAGUUCCAAAUGUGGUUUGCCUUCCAGAACUUACUCUUCUUAAAUUAAGAAACGUUAAAUUUGAAUCUGACGAGUCUUUUCCUAAGUUCAUAUCUGCUUCUCCUGUGCUUGAAUCUCUGUUAGUUCACAGGUUUCACAUUGAUAACACUGAGGUUUGUACUAUUUCUUCCCCUUUUUUGAAAAUUCUCCGCUAUGCUCAUAAUCUGGACGAUGACAUUUGGUAUAUUGCUGAACCUGAUUUCAAGCUGGAAAUUGAUGCUCCUGCACUUGAGUAUCUGUUGAUAACUGAUUCUGUGUCCAAGGAAAUUUUUACAUUGCAAGCUAUGGCGUCUUUGAAUGAAGCUACUCUUGAUGUCCAUUCUACGGCAUAA